AGCUCUGGUGGUAGCGGGCUUGUUCUAGUAAGUAAGAGCUUGAUGGUCAUGUCAUGUAAGUGGUCAUUUGGUCACUGGUUGCGUAUAUUACUAUGUCGCAGUGUGGCCAUCGUGAUGAUCCUGAUCAUAGUUCACCACUUCAUGUACGACAGGGACCCUCGCGCGGUACCGCCCUAUGUCAGAAGAGCCCUCCAGUUCGACUCUGACACGGACUCGGAAGUGGACGAAUCUGGAGGCAGGAAUAAAAAAGAGACUAAAAUAGUUGAAAUCGAAGUGGAAGAGUCGGGAAAUUAUGAAGACACGUCCGACUUUUCCAGCCAUAAGGCACGAAAGAUGGGAAACAUGGACAAGUUCUUGGGAAAAGAUAUCGACGUGAGCAGGUAGACCCCACACUAUUCCAAUGCCAUCUCUCCCUCUUUAUGCCCUCUCUCAUCGCGAAAGAAAUAAAAAGACUGGAAAGUUAAUCGCAUCACGCUCUGCACAGGCUUCAAUACAAACCCGCUGUUUAUGAUGAACAUAAGAAUUCACAAGAAAAAGAUAACGUUCACAAUUAAUUAGUAAUUCUUGAGAAAAAAAUGAUAUCUAAUAAUAAAG